UUUUUUUUCUUUGUGCAAGAGGCGGGAAACAAAUACAGGAAGACCAUGGCCUCACUUACCCGAUCAGCGCGUGCUCUGAUCUCUCAGACCAGGGUGCAACAAUCUCUUAAAGGAUCAUUUGUUGCAACUGCACAACAGAUUCGUUCCGCUUCUACCAGUACUGCUACCACAACUGGCACUACUAAGAAGGACACUAGCACAAGUAAUAAAAAGAGCAGCAAUAAGAACGAACAACAACAGUCUAUUACUUUAGCACCUCAAUAUGAAUAUACGACAGGAGUGAGUCGACUUCGGGAACAUUUUCGAGAGACAGUUCAAGAGGAUUUGAUGGUCCUGACAUAUAGCCAUAAUUUCAAGCCCAAGGCCAAGAUCCCAGAGGGAGUUCGGGUGGAGUUGAAGGGACACAGGCAUCUUAAACCCAAUCCAAAGGCUCCUUCUCCUAAACAGAUCCCAGAAUUGACCAAGAUCGAGAUUCAUUGCAUGAUGAAGGAAGCCCUAGUCAGCAAGUACCACCUCUUGAGUGGCUUUAUGGCCAUUCAAGCCAUCACAGGAGAGAUGCCAGAGAUCAUUCAUUCCAAGAAGGGAGUCCACCCUUGGAAGUUGCGUGCAGGCAAUCCUAUUGGAUGCAAGGUGACAUUGAAGGGCGACAAGAUGUAUCAAUUUUUGGACAAGCUUGUUGAGAUUGUGUUGCCCAAGAUGAAGGAAUGGCCUGGAUUACCCGAGUCUGCAGGAGAUGCGACCGGCAACAUCGGAAUGGGUUUCCCGGCUUCGGCCAUGUCCCUAUUUCCAGAGAUUGAAAACAAUUAUGAUAUGUUUCCAAGGAUGACUGGAUUCGACGUCACCUUUAACACAACUGCCAGCACAAAUUUGGAAGCUCGCCUCUUAAUGAGUGGAUUUAAUGUGCCGUUUCAACAAAAGAUUCGUUCUGCACCUAAACCUGCUGCAUCUGCAUCUACAUCAACAUCAGCAUCAACAUCAACGUCAGCAUCAGCAUCAGCCACUUCUUCAAUAGCGGCAUAAUAAAAACGAAUGAAGAGAUGAAAAGUGGAGGGGACGGUUGGGCAAGAAGUGUAGUGUGAUUAGUUUCAUAAGAGAAAUGUAUAAAAAAAAAAAUUUCAGUGCCAAUGAACUAUUGUUUCUUCUAUUUUCUAUUUUCUAUUUCUUAUUUCCUAUUUUCUGUUUUCUCUCCUUUGUUU